AUGGCUGCUACUUCUUCUCGCACUUGUGGGUCUCUCAAGGGCUCUUACAGGGCUGCUUCCACCUGCCGUCCCAACAGCACUAUUUCUGCCAACAGCCGACCCGGAAGCACCCUUCCUCGUCGCUCUAGCAUUUGCCUACCUGCCCUGGGUCAUACCACCCCAUCACACCCCAACAGCUGCAGAAAUGGGGGAUAUAUGCCUUCUACAUGCCUUCCUUCUCCUAGCUUGGGUUCCACUUGUGUCCCACCACCCUGCAUCCCACCUCCAGCCCGCCCUCUGCACUGCUUUGCUGGAGGCCAUGAGGAAGGAAUCCUCAACUGCAAUGAAAAAGAAACCAUGGGGUUCCUGAACAACCGCUUGAGCAACUACCUGGAUAGAGUGCGCUGCCUGGAACAGGAGAAUGCUGAGCUGGAUGCCAAGAUCCGAGAAUGGUAUGAGUGUGAGAAUUCUUACGUAUGCACUGACUUCAAGCCAUUCUACUGCACCAUCGAUGAGCUCCAGCAGCAGAUUUGCUGUACUAAGGCUGACAAUGCAAAAUUGUGCCUGGAUAUCGACAACCUCAAAAUGGCUUCUGAUGACUAUUCUACCAAGUAUGAGUAUGAACUGAAUAUGCGCCAGCGGGACGAGUGUGACAUUGGUGGCCUCCGUAAAUGUCUGGAUAACCUCACUUUGUGCAGAGCUGACCUGGAAGCCCAACUUGAGUCCUUGACUGAGGAAAUGAUGUGCCUGAAGAAAAAUCAUGAGGAGGAGUCCUCUGCCCUUCGCUCUCAGCUGGGUGACCGCAUCAGUGUGGAGGUGGAUGCUGCCCCAUCUUGUAACCUCAACAAGGUCCUGGAUGAGAUGAGAUGCCAAUAUGAGGCUGAUCUUGAAAAAAAUCGCCAGGAAGUGGAAGACUGGUACUGUGCCCAGAUGGAUGAACUGAACAAGGAAGUAGUAUCAAGUGGAGAACAGCUGCAGUGCUGCCAGAGUGAGAUAAUUGAGACCAAGCGUUGCAUUCAGACCCUUGAGAUUGAUCUACAGGCUCAGCAGAGCAUGAAAAAUGCCCUGGAGAACACUUUGCAAGAAACAGAAUCCCGCUACUGCACCCAGCUGGCCCAGCUCCAGUCCAUGAUCAGCAACGUAGAGGCCCAGCUCACUGAAAUCCGCUGUGAUAUUGAGCGUCAAAACUGCGAAUACAAGACCCUCCUUGAUGAAAAAGCCCGCUUGGACUGUGAGAUUGCCACUUACCGCAACAUGUUGGAAGGGGAAGACUGCACGCUUCCCAAUCGUCCUCGUGAUGUUGAGUGCUCAACUGCCAUCCGUUCAUCUGUUUGCCGUCCCGUCCGUGCCCCAGAGCCAGUCUGCACUCCAACCUGCCCUCCAGACUGCAAGCCAUCUGUGCACAUGGUUGAACCCAACCUAGCCCCAUCUUGUGUCAACCCCAGUGGUCCAGUUUUUGCCCCUUGUGGGCCCCCACCCUUUGCACCCCCUCCCUGUGGUCCACAUGGCCCGUGUGGUCCACGUGGCCCAUGUGGCCCAGUCUGCCAGCCACCUUGUGGCCCGUGCCCACCCAGUCCACGAAUUAACACCAAGAUAUGCCGCAUGUGA